UUGCUUCCUAUACGCUUUGCCUGCCGAGUACGCACACAUGCGUCAUAACCAGCCAUAGUCCCUCGUAUCUACUGGCUAAGAUAAUUGCCAGAGGGCCACAAAAAACGUGGCUUACAAAAACUGGCAUCAUUCUGCAGAACCAAAGAUCGCUAUAUUAAGAUCUUCAUAGACCUCCUAUAGUGUCGGGCAAACGCUAAGCCUCAAAGGCUGUGAACUCGUAUUUAACCACAUUAGGUGAACAGGGAAAACCCAGCCUCUGAUAACGUCAAAAUAAGCUGUUUUGCUGCCCAGGACAAAGCCUACUACUAAAUGGCUGAAGACAUCAUGCAAGGCCCUCGCCUUUACCACGUUUACUCUACGUUCUGGCAAAACGACUACAACAUUACUGCUGCCGACAAAAGACAUCUAUACCAUGUGGACAACUCCCUGUGGACACCAAGGAAGCCGGACCUCACUUUCCACGCCGGCACAGACAACAAAGCCCCGAUCCACGCCGUCUGCAAAUACUCGCAUCUUUCGAGACAUGCCAAAUUCGGUCUGGGGGAUCCCAGCCAGCCCAACCAGGUCACUUGGGAAGAUCUCACCUGUCAAUCCUGGACCCGCGUAAAAUAUCGCUGGCGAAUGCCCUUGAGGAAUCACCCUGCAUCCGAACAUCACGCAUUUGUGUGGAAGCGGACCUCGAGUGUCGGCGUAACCAAUUCGUCGCCUUCACUUUGGGCAUACGAUAAUUACAAGUUGAUCGAUGAGCAAUCAGAACAGGUCAUGGCAGUGUUCACCAGCAGCUCUCACAAGAGCGUUGAUAAAGACGGCAAGCUGGAGAUCUACGUGGACUAUGGUCAGGAAUUCGAUGUACUGGUGCUUAUCACUGUUAUAGCUUUGAUCGAGAAACACCGACGAACGAGACAGUGUUCAUCUGCUGGUGGCGGCGGCGGUGGCGGCGGCUGAUAAGGGAGUCGUUAUGGUCCUUUUGUUAUGUUUUUGUUCAUGUUUUAUUUUAUUCUUUUGAGAUACCAUUUGCUUUGGCGGAGUUGGAUUGUGGUUGGUGAUAGGCGACCACACAUGUUUUGGAAAUACCCGGAAUUCUGAGUUGCAGGAUCUUCACGACUACUUUAUAGACUGAAUAUCUCCAUGUAACAUUAUUUAUUUGAUUGACUUUGUUCGAACGUUGUCUCUCAAUCGUAGAAGGGCAUUACAUAAUCCAUCCAUAUCUCCGCGGAUUCUUUCCGGAACUAAAACGAAG